AUGCCCAUCUUCCCCCCCAUCUCCAUUCCUGUUGCUGUUUGUCUUUCUGAUUUUCCGCCAUCACCGGCUUCCAAACGACUUUCCUUCUCGACGAGUCGACACCUGGACUUUUACGUCCUGCCCGCCAACGUCUCCGUUUACCCGUCCCAGUCCGCCUGCUCUUUCCAACGGACCCUGUAUACUACGCAUGCCACGACACUCUUAUACUUUAAUCUUCUGAAACUCGCUCUUCUGCUCGACGCCCGCUUGUUCCAGACAAACACGAAGAAAACCACACACAAUGGAAGCUAUGCUGCACCAACAAUCAGUGGCUCAGGCCUUCCUCAAGAACCGCGAGUCCAACCACCCACGCUAUACAGCAAUGGUGCCCACAAGACCGCCAUCAUGCUUGACACUGAUGUCUAUGACAACUACUUCCCCUCCACGCCGGCUCUGUCCACUUCUGGAAGCGCCAUUGGCAGCCCCAAGAUGUGCGACGCCAUGCAGACCCCCGUCAACCCCAUGUUCUCGGGUCUCGAUGGUGCCUUUCACGGCAAAGACCUCUUUGACUCUGUUGAGACUUCGGUCCUCGACUGGUCUAGCUGCGCUUCGCCUCCCAUGACGCCUGUCUACAUCGCCUCGCAGCCUCUCGCUCUUCAGCACAGCACCAGCGACCUCAUCUCCAUGACCUCGUGCCCCUCGCUGUCCCCUUCGCCCACGCCUGCCUACGCACGGUCCAUCGCCGCCUCUGAGCAGGACCUCGACUUUUGUGACCCUCGCAACCUUACCGUAUCCGCUGGCAGCAACCCUACGCUCGCUCCCGAGUUCAGUCUUACCAAUGCGGGCGAUGCCGAGGUUAAGGGCGCCAACGCUCAGUCUACCUUCGACUUCAACCCGGCUAUUCCUCACGGCCUGCCCGCGUUCCAGGACCUCGAUGAUCUCGACUCCGAGGAUGACUUCAGCAACCUUGUUAACAUCGAGGCCAGCGGCGCUGAGACCACCCGCCCGCGUGCUUGCACCGGCUCUUCGGUUGUGUCUCUGGGGCAUUGCAGCUUCGAUGAUGAGCUGACGUUCGAGGACAGCGACUCUUUCUCUUUCAUGCCGUUCCCCAACGCCGACAUCACCCCCUCCGUUGAUGAUGGCCACUGUGACAAGAAGCAGAAGAAGUCUCACGAGGACACCGUCGACGCUGAUGAGCUCGCUGAAGCCGACCCUGAGCUUACCAGCGGUGACUCCGUGUCUUCCGAGUCGACCGUGUCCUCGCCUGGCGAUGACAGCACCCCUUCUGUUGCUGCUCCCCCAAGCCGCCGCGGUCGCAAGCAGUCUCUCACCGAGGAUCCGUCCAAGACCUUUGUCUGUGAUCUCUGCAACCGCCGCUUCCGCCGUCAGGAGCACCUCAAGCGUCACUAUCGCUCUCUCCACACCCAGGAGAAGCCUUUCGAGUGCAACGAGUGUGGCAAGAAGUUCUCCCGCAGUGACAACCUAGCUCAGCAUGCCCGCACACACUCCGGUGGUGCCAUCGUCAUGGACCUGAUUGAGGACCACGCCUCUCACUUUGAUGGCAACGCCAUGGCUGGCUCUGGAGACGACUUUUCCUACGGCAAGGUCAUGUUCCAGAUUGGCUCUGAGGUCUCCGACAUGUCGGAAGAUGUCUCUGACAACAACAACAACAAGAAGCGCAAGCGCUCCGACUAA